UCAGGCCCGCCCCAUAAGAGACACUGUGCGUUAUCCGCUAUCUCACACAGCACUGCGCCGUUAAAUCUGGCUGGAUGUUUAACUAUUGUAAAGACAAAUGUCUUGUUUGCGCAAAUGUCCGAAAAGAAGCCAAUCAGAAGAACAAGCUUUCCAGGAACAUGUGAGAAAAGUAGCGCAGGAGAAUGGGAGACGACUCGGUUUGGAAGGGGAUCCAGAUCUUCAGUUCCUUCUUUCAGGGGGGAACCUUGUGAAGAUUCGUUCUAACUCUUGGCAAAAGAACCGCUUUUACAAACUCAAUGAAGACUGCAAAACAAUAUGGCAUGAUUCUCAUAAAAUAAUCAGGAGAAGCAAAACCUUUUCUCUUGAUGACAUCGAUUCAGUGAGACGGGGUCGACAGUCUGAGGGCCUAAACAAACACACAGACCCCAGUGUAGAGGACAGAUGUUUCUCCAUCAUCUUCAAGGGCAAAAAGAAAAACCUGGAUCUGAUGGCAGCAGAUCCAGAGCAGGCCAAAAAGUGGGUGAACGGCCUGGAGAAAGUCAUUAGUAAUCUACAAAACCUCAGCCGGCAAAUGAAGAAAGAACACUGGCUUAUUAAUUGCAUGCGGAAGGCUGACAAAAACAAGGACAAUAAGAUGACACUGAAAGAGUUGAAGCACUUUCUGAAGCAGAUAAACGUGGAAGUGGAUGACAGUUAUGCAGCAGAUUUAUUUAAGCAAUGUGAUAAAUCCAAUUCUGGCACUCUGGAAGACACAGAGAUCAAGCACUUUUAUGACUUACUAACACAACGGGAGGAAAUUGAUAUAAUUUAUGGGAAAUAUGCCCGGACAGAGGGUCAGAUGAGCUCCAGAGACCUGCUGAACUUCCUCCUGAAUGAACAAAGAGAGCAGGCCUCUAUUCAAGACGCUCUGAAACUCAUUGAAAAAUAUGAGAUGGAUGACACAGCAAAGGAGCAGAAGCACCUGACCAAAGAUGGCUUUCUGAUGUACAUGCAGCACGAGGAAGGCUCUAUUCUUAACCAUAAACAUAUAGGAAUUUACCAGGACAUGAGCCAGCCCCUCAGCCACUACUACAUCUCCUCAUCUCAUAACACAUACCUGAUGGAGGAUCAACUCAAAGGGCCCAGCAGCACUGAGGCCUAUAUCAAAGCCCUGAUGAAGAGUUGCCGCUGUGUGGAGCUUGACUGUUGGGAUGGGCCAAAUGGAGAGCCAGUCAUUUACCAUGGCUACACGCUCACGUCCAAAGUGCUCUUCAGGGACGUGAUAAAAGCCAUCAAAGAAUACGCCUUCAAAACCUCAGAAUACCCCGUCAUCCUCUCGCUAGAGAACCACUGCACUGUGGAGCAGCAGAGGCUCAUGACCCAUCACAUGAUCUCCAUCCUGGGGGACGCACUGCUCAGAAAGCCCCUGGGCGACAGAAUGCCCACUAACUUCCCCUCACCCGAGGAGCUGAAGGGCAGGUUUCUGAUCAAAGGGAAGCGCUUGAACAAACUGGACACAGCAUUCAUCAGUAACAACACUGUGGACGAGGACACUGUGUCUGAGGAAGAUGAGGCUGCAGAGGUCAAAGACAAUGGACAGAAGGCCAAGUCCAAGAAAUCCAAAAUGAAAUUGGCCAAGGAGCUCUCUGACAUUGUCAUUUACUGCAAGAGUGUUCAUUUUAAUGGCUUUGAACAUGCCAAAGAGAAUCAGGCUUUUUAUGAGAUGUCCUCACUGAAAGAGAGUAAAGCUUUCAAUCUGGCCCAGAACUCAGGGACUGCUUUUAUGCAUCACAAUAUGGAGAAGUUAACCAGGAUUUAUCCUGCUGGGUCUAGAACUGAUUCCUCCAACUACAACCCUGUGCCCAUGUGGAACGUGGGCUGCCAGAUUGUGGCGUUAAAUUUCCAGACCCCCUCUAAGGAGAUGCAUAUAAACCAAGGGCGGUUUUUGCCAAAUGGUUUCUGUGGUUAUGUGUUGAAACCUGAAUUUCAGAGAGAUUUGUAUUCACAAUUUGACCCCAACACACUCACAAAUGGUCCCUGGCUGAAGAAGAAAACAUUUCAUAUCAUGGUGAUUUCAGGCCAGCAGUUGCCAAAAAUCAACAAAGAGAAACACAAUUCUAUUGUUGAUCCUCUGGUGAGAGUGGAAAUCUAUGGUGUCCCAGCUGACAAUGCUAGCAAAGAGACGCAUCACAUUGACAAUAAUGGAUUCAACCCAACGUGGAAUGAAAAGUUCCAGUUUGACAUUUACGUCCCAGAGCUGGCCAUGGUACGGUUUGUGGUAGAAGACUAUGAUGCAGCUUCCCAAAAUGAUCUGGUGGGGCACUACUGUCUCCCCCUCUCCAGCGCGCAGAAUGGCUACCGUCAUGUCCCAUUGCUCACAAAGAGGGGUGAUGUCAUCUGCUCUGCUGGGCUUUUUGUUCAUCUCAUGCUUAUUGACACUCAGAAAGCUUAGGUACUAAGAACUCUUUUAACCAGAUACAGAAAUUUGAUCCUGAUACACCUGAAAUAGCUUUGUGCUAAAUAAUGCUUCAACAAUUCACCACAACAAUAUGUUACACCUCAUUAUACUUGUAUUGGCUUCUCAGAAUUAGAAAUAAGAGGAUAAACUUGUUAAAUGAUUAUUUUAAUGUGUCUCUAAUGUUAUUUUUGGUGCCAUUUAACAUGCUACCAACGGAAACUGGACUGAUUGUGUGUUUAAAAAUUAUAUGCGUAAAUAGAAUUUUAUAUUGUCUUGUAGUUUUCUGGUUUGCUACAGAAAUAGCUACUGUAGAAUCAGUUGUGUGAUUUUUUUUUUUUUUACAUUUUUCUAAAGUUUAAUAACAAUGAACCAUCUCUAUACAAUGAAGAUGUCUAUAUGUAAAAUAUCAGGUAUUUUAUUGAAUUUUAUCACAACUACAGUACGUUGUUAAUCUACUUGCAUUAUCUUGCAAUAAAACCAAAGAUUUAUCAUU